GUCUCAACAGGAUUCGUCCCAUUUCUCGGAUACCACCACGUGCUGAUGAUUCUGAUCGUCGUCGCAAUCAUUCUACUAUCGCUGCUACUUGCCGGUUGCUCGUCUUCAUCGCCUCUAAUUCCCGGCAUCUUCCUGCUUUCCAUCUACUACCAGUCUUACGAGGCUCACCCCGAUACCGCGCAAGUUGACUAUAGCUUCUACACUGCUAUGCAACGCCUUACUGGAAACGCCGAACUGCAGGCUCGAGUUGGUUAUUUCGGCAUCUGCGUCAACCCGGAUGGUGGCUCGUGGCUUUGUAGUAACAAUGCGACAGCCCUGGCCAGGGAAGUCUCAGUUGACCAGGACCCUCUUAAUCUCAUCUGGCUGGCUGCCCAAUUCAAGGAUAUGAUUGUGUUUCCAUACUUGAUCAUCAUCGCCAUCAUCUUCGCCUUUAUCUGUCUGCUCCUCCUCGCCACUUUCCCUGGAUGGCACGAGGAAGAAGAUUCUGAAGGAUCCGAGCGCGAGGUCAAGCCGUUCCCCUCUCGUCCCGUUUCUCAAAUCGCACUGGCCAUCAUCUUCAUCGCUUCCAUCUUCGUUCUCGUUUCAGUCCUCUGGCAGCAUACCGCAUCCGUCGCAGCAUCCGUCAUCGCACAAGACUUUGGAAAUGGUGUUGUCAAGAGCGGUGUCGGCACCAGCGCCAUGGUAAUGGGUUGGUUCUCGUUUACGCUACUUAUCAUCGUCACCAUCGGCCUGCUCGUAAUGAUCUUGAGUAUACGUGUUCUGAGUUCGAUGGUGUGA